AUGGACCCUCAAAAUGAUAGUGUUGACAAUUGUCGUCCCAAGCUCAAGCUCAUAGAUGAAGAUACAAAUGUUAAGGAGCCUAAGGAUGUGAUGCUAUUUGGCUCCAUAGAGGAACUUCAUGAAUAUUAUAGAAAUUUCGCAAAGCAAAAGGGUUUUGGUGUGAUACAGAAGAAGAAAAAAAAUGAUGAAAAUGGAGAUGUACAUUACAUAACUCUAGCAUGUGCUCGUCAAGGCAGCAGACAAUCCAGCUCAAGUAAUAGCUUUUGCAAGCCUAGUAAAACAAUUAGAACGGGAUGUAAGGCUACGUUAAAUGCAAAGUUAGUGGGUACAAAGUGGUAUGUGACAAAUGUGAACAUAGGCCAUAAUCAUGAUUUAAGCCCAGGCAAAGCGAGAUAUUUUAGGUGCCACAAGAACUUGGAUCCUUGUACGAAAAGAAAGCUUGAGAUAGAUGAUAGAGUUGGAAUUCGUAUGAAUAAGAUCUACAACUCACUAGCCAUUGAAGCGGGGGGAUAUGAGAAUCUUCCAUUUGGAGAGAAAGAUUGUCGCAAUUACAUUGCGAAGUCAAGACGUCUUCGCCUUGGCACAGGAGGUGCUACAGCACUUCGUGGCUACUUCGAUAGAAUGCGGAAAGUGAAUGAUGAUUUCUAUUAUGAUAUGGAUGUGGAUGAUGAGUGUAGGUUGAAAAAUGUGUUUUGGGCUGAUGCACGAAGCAGGGCAUCGUACGAAGAUUUUGGGGAUGUGGUUACUUUUGACACAACAUACUUGACUAACAAAUACGAAAUGCCAUUUGCCCCUUUUGUGGGAGUCAAUCACCAUGGUCAAUCAAUUCUUUUAAGGGCGGCAUUAAUUUCAAGUGAGGAUACAUCGGCAUUUGUUUGGUUGUUUGAUGCAUGGUUGAAAUGCAUGAAGGGCCGAGCGCCAAGGGCAAUUAUUACAGAUCAAGAUAGGGCUAUGAAAAGUAUAAUUAAUAAGGGUGGCAGAGUACUUGAGUGUUAUAAUCUAGAGGAUAAUGCAUGGCUGUGUAGUUUAUACAAUGAACGGACUUUCUGGGUACCGGCAUAUUUGAAGGGUGUAUUUUGGGCUGGCAUGACUACCACACAACGAAGUUAUGUGCACUCGUCCACCUCAUUGAAAGAAUUUGUGGAUGAAUACGAUAAUGCUUUGCGUAGAAGGUUCCCCAUUGAGAAGCAGUUUCAAAAAAUUUACACACAUGCAAAGUUCAAAGAAGUUCAGAAGGAGAUUACAGAGACAUGCCAAAGAUCACUAGUAGAUGAACUGGACACAAGUGAAGAUUUGUUGCCUUUUGUGAAUGAUGUUCAGCAUGACCAGGCAAUUGGAAUCCAAAAUAGUGUAGUUACACAGAUGAGUUACCAAGCCAAUGAAAACCAAAUGCAUUUGGAUUUUUACACCGGCACUUUGGAUUCUAUACUUGGAACAUUUCUCUAUUAA